AUGAACAUCAAAAGCAUCGUAGCAGAAGUGAAUGAUGUCAUCCCAAUAGCCCGUUGUCAAACCACUCACUGCAGAGUACACAAACAAUUGCCACUGACCAGUCCCGUGUAUGUCUACCAACAAGUGCGUGCAUUGGCACCUCAGAGUCGAACGCUGCUGGCAUUUAGGCUAAGCCCUCCUGGCUAUCAUCCAUCGGAAUUUUUCAAAUGUGGACUUAGCGUACCUCAAGCUGAUGCCAUGGGAAAGCCAGAUGAACGCCUUCGAUGGAAUCAAAACUUAAACAGAGUCAAACAUCCACUGGACAGAUAUCGACCGUGGGCAAACGACCGCAGCGGAUUACGACUCUUAGACUGGGAAGCCUCAGAUGUAGACUGCCUGCCGCCAAAGUUGGGCAACUUCGACUACCUUCCUGUUUGCUUAGUUGAUCCUAGUCCAUUGACCCAACACUUUAAUGCCUUGGACAACCUGAAUGCACAACAUCCUCGCUAUCUGUUGGAGCAUUAUGUCUACCGUGACCCAGACGAAUACCAUCGAGCCAAGGAAGAGGGAAAAUACGCUUGCUACUUGGACUGUGAUGCACGAGAAUUCAGAGAAUUAAAACCAAUGAAUCAGCGCGAAAUUAUGCGUCUACGUUUCGCGACAAACAAUUAUCGCACUUUUGAUGACUGGAAGGAGGAUCCAAACGAUGAGCUUUUGGGUCAGUUUGAUCGCCCUAAAACUCAAAAAGAAGCAGCUCUGUGA